AUGGGCAGGCUCCCUUUUGCUAACGGGAGUGAUGGUGGUGAAGAUACCAUAGAUGUGGGUGGUGGCGGUGGUGGUGGAGGUGGCGUCAAUGAGAAUGAUGGUGGUGCUGGUGGAGGAAGAGAAGGUAGCGGUGGUUGGGGUAGUGAUGGCAUCAUUGGCAAAGGUGGUGGAGAAGUAACUGAUGGUAUUGGAGGCUCAGGAAGCAAUGUAGGAGGAAGUACUGGAAUUAUAGGAUUGGUAGUAGCCUCAGGUGGUGGAGCUAGCUCCACCGGUGGCGGGGGUGAGACAACUGGAGGUGAUAAAAUCGGAAUCGUAAUCCGUGGUGGAGAUGUUACUGGAGUCACAGGAGUCACCGGAGGGGUUGGUGGAUCGGAAACAGGUGGUAUUGCUGGUGGCAGCAACAUCGCGACAGGAGCUGGUGGAUAUGGUGGGGAAGCAAAUGGUGCUAUUUGUGGCAUUGGUGCUGUAGUAGUAUUAUCCAUCACUACUGGUGGUUGUGAUGGUGGAAGUGGCUGGAAAGUAGCUGCCGGAGAUUCCACCGGCGCCGGAGACACGAAUGGUGUUGAUGACAUGAUAGAAUGUUAUCCUUGUGGAAUUGAGUGCAAGGACAUAAAUGGGAUUCACCGAGCUACUCAGGUUUCUCCUGAAGGCUACUGA